GAAUGCAAUAUAUACACCAACUUAUAGCUGCUUCCCAAAUCUGCCGCUUCCUUCUGGUUCCCUCAUCAGCCAAAAGGGUUUGAACAAACACCAGGAUGUCGGGGAAAAAGGUGUCUUCGAGUCGUAAGCAUCAUCUGAAGAGUUUGAUGCUGUCCAUCGCUAAAGGUAUACUGGAGGAGGAAGAGAGGGAGCGAGAGGAGGCGAAGAGGAGGUACAUAGCUGAGAGCUGCCCUCCUGUGUCCAUGCCCAGGACCAUGCAGGAGCUGCAGGAGCUGUGCAGAGAGAUCCACCGCAAGAUUGAUGCGAUCGACGAGGAGCGAUACGACCUGGACAUGAAAGUCAGCAAAGCCAACAAAGAGAUUGAUGACCUAAAGAUUAAAGUCCAGGACCUGAUGGGCAAGUUUAAGAAGCCCGUCCUGAGAAAAGUGCGUAUGUCCGCCGACGCCAUGCUGAAGGCUCUGCUGGGCUCCAAACACACAGUCAACCUGGACCUGAGGGCCAACCUGAAGCAGGUCAAGAAGGAGGUGAAGGAGGAGGAGCUCCGUGAUGUCGGCGACUGGCGCAAAAACAUUGAAGACAAAUCGGGCAUGGACGGGAGGAAGAAGAUGUUUGAGGCUGAGGCCUGAAAAAGAUGAUCGCUUUAAUCUGAUGUUUAGAAAGCACAGAAUUAUUUUUGAACCUGUAAAAAUAAUUUUA